GCAGCUAUGGCCAAGUGCCGCACAGAUUGCAUAGAGAGACCCCUGCGGAUUUGUUUUCAGAUGUUGGGCUGUUUUAUCGGAUCCCAUCCCUGGUGGUUCCUCAUCACCCCCCUUAUUCUCUCAGCAGGUCUGGGGAGCGGGUUUUAUUUUCUCGUGGACAGGAUGUCCAACAAUAUCGAAGAACAGUUCACACCUGUUGAUGGACAGGCCAAGCUGGAGAGGAAAUACAUCCAAGAAACUUUCCCAGGAAAUGAGUCCAUGUUUUCGAACUUAAGGCUGAGCACAAGUGGGAAUUAUGCAACUCUCAUAGCUACAAGUGACAAGAAUAUCCUGACGGUUGACUCACUUCAGGACAUCCUAUACUGGGACUUUAAAAUUAGGAGUAUGGUAGUGCAGUUUGACAACCAGUCAUUUGAAUAUGUGGAUGUUUGUGCUGGUGUGAUGGGAUCCUGCACCUCUAAUGAUAUUCUAGAUAUUAUUAAAUGUAAUGCCAGCAAUAUACAUGCUGUCAAUUUGACAUUUCCAUGGUAUCACUCUGAUGUUAGGAGUAUUCCCCUAUAUUUAAGUCUGGGGAGUGUGAAAUUAGAUAAGGACAGCUCAGUAGUUGAAAGUGCUGAAGCCAUACAGCUCCAUUACUAUUUACGAGAGGACACCAAAGCAAAAACAGAUCUAUGGUUGAAAAGUUUCUUAGAUUUGGUCUCAAAUGAAUCAUCAACUUCCCUUCAGGUGUCAUACUCCACCUCUAUGUCAAUGCAGUGGGAAUUCGAGAAAACUCCAGCUUCCGUCAUCUAUUUAUUCUCCAUCACGUAUGCCAUUGCCAUCACAUUUUCAAUUAUAUCAUCUUGGAGGUUGGAUAAUGUGAGGACGAAGGUGUGGGUGGCAUCUUUUGGGCUGCUCUCCACAGGUCUAGCAGUCCUGAGUGGUUUUGGUGCACUGUUGUUGCUGGGUCAACCUUUUGUCAUGACAGCUGCAUCCUGUCCUUUCAUGAUAUUAGGUAUUGGACUCGAUGAUAUGUUCAUCAUGAUCUCCUGCUGGCAGAGGACCCGUGUCCUGGAUAGCGUCCCAGAGCGGCUCGCUGACACCUACAGGGAUGCUGCCGUCUCCAUCACCAUCACCACCCUGACCGAUGCUCUGGCUCUCUUCCUGAACUACAGCUCUCCCUUUGGCUCCGUCCAGACCUUCUGCCUUUAUGCUGGGAUUUCUGUUUGCUUCUGCUAUUUGUACAACAUCACUUUCCUGGGGGCUUGUAUGGCUUUGAACGGACAGAGGGAAGCAGAGAACAAGCACUGGUUCACCUGUGCCAAAAUCCCAGAAGACCUACCAUCCAGGAAUUCAAAAGCCUUCAGUAUCUGCUGUGUUGGAGGGAGCUACGAUCACAUCACUGAAAAAGAGGAAACUGAGUCCAUAAGCCACAUUUUUGAGCAGUUCUACGGCCCAUUUCUGACCCACAAACUGAUAAAAGCACAUGUAUUUGUCAUCUAUGCAGGCUAUCUAGCUGUUAGUAUCUAUGGUUGUUGGAUCUUAAAGGAAGGACUUGAUAUCAGGAAUCUGGCUUUGGAUGAUUCCUACAUCAUUGAUUACUACAAUAAUCAAAGGCAGCACUUUUCUGAAUAUAGCUGCAAUGCGAUGGUCGCAGUGAAACAGCCCCUCCCUUACUGGGAUGAGGAAGGACAGAGGCAACUGCACUCAUGCAUUUCAAAUUUUGAAAGUUUGCACUAUGUCAAUAGUACAUUUGCUUGGUUUCUUUCCUUCCAACAGUAUGCCAAUGCAGCCAAUCUCAACAUGAGCUCUCGAGACGCUUUCCAAACCCAUCUGCCCCAUUUCUUAGAACUCACCCCAAUGUUUAGACAAGACAUCAACUUGACUGCAGACAGUGAGAUUCAGGCCUCUCGCUUUUUCAUUCAGACACUAAACAAAACCACAAUGAAGGACAUGAUGGUUGGACUCAGGAAAACAGCAGAGGAAUGUCCAGUAGAGCUCCUGGUCUACCACCCUGCUUUCAUCUACUUUGAUCAGUAUACUGUUAUAAUGGACAACACCAUUCAAACCAUCCUGGUGGCUGUGGUAGUGAUGCUAGUUGUCUCACUCGUCCUGAUACCCAGUCUCUUUUGCUGUGUAUGGGUGGCUUUUGCAAUUUGUUCAGUCACCGUUGGUGUGACAGGAUUCAUGGCGCUGUGGGGUGUAAACCUUGACUCCAUUUCCAUGAUCAACCUUGUCAUGUGCAUUGGUUUCUCUGUGGAUUUCUCAGCACAUAUAGCUUGCUGUUUUGUCUCCAGUCCCAAACGUGACGUCAAUGAGAAAGCUAUGGAUGCCUUGGCCCAUUUAGGGUAUCCUAUUCUGCAAGGAGCAUUGUCCACAGUUUUAGGAGUGGUGGUGCUGUCUGUGUCUGGAAGUUACAUCUUUAGGACAUUCUUCAAGGUUGUGUUUCUUGUGAUUACAUUUGGGCUGCUCCACGGCUUAAUUUUUAUUCCAGUGUUUCUGACACUGUUUGGAGCCCGUGAGGAGUGUUGUUAA